AGCUGGAGUCCAAAACACGUAUACAUCCUGCACAUCUUAUCAUUCCAGCGUCUCCGUUUCGCAUUUGCAGAAGCUUUCCUUUGUCACCCUCCAUUCUCAAUCUCUUUCUCCAGGCCGAUAGAAACCAUGGCUGAUCUGAUCCUCGGGAGCAUCGUGGAUUCCAUCACCGAACAUCUCGUUUCCCUCGUUGCUCAGGAGAUUGGGUUAAUAUCCGGUGUCAAACGCGAGCUCGAGAAACUCCGGGGCACUGUCUCUGCUAUUGCUGCUCUGCUUCGUGAGGCUGAAAAGAGACGGAUCGAGGCUGAGGACGUGAAAGACUGGCUUCAGAGGCUGAAAGUUGUGGUUUACGAUGCUGACGAUCUGUUGGAUGACUUCUCCACUGAAGCCCUGCGUCGUCGGAGAGUGGUGGGAGGAGUUAAGCGAGUUCUGAAUGAGGUGCGUAUCUUUCUCUCAUCUUCUAAUCAGCUUGUUUCUGCCAGUACGAUGGCACAUCGAGUCAAGGAGAUUAGAGAGAGGAUCGAUGGCAUUAAGAGUGAUAGGUCUGACUUUAAGGUCGAGGGAAACGAUGGUAGUACUCUUGGGGUUUUGGUGGAGAACCAACUUAGGCCGGAAACGUAUCCGUACAAGCCUGAACGAUAUGUGGUUGGAAGAGAUGAAGACACAAAAGAAGUCAUCGACAUUUUACUCAAUCCUGAUUUUGAGGAGAAUGUAUCUACCCUACCUAUAGUUGGGAUUGGAGGCCUCGGGAAAACAACUUUAGCAAGACUGGUAUUCAACAAUGCGAGCAUUAAGGAAUAUUUCUCUGUUAAGCUUUGGGUUUGUGUGUCCACAAAUUUCGAUGCGGAGGAAAUUGUGAGGAAGAUAGUUGGAGAAUCCACUCUUGGCAAGGAUGAGUUGACAAAAAAGCUGGGAGAAAAGCUCGAUGGGAAGAAGUUUUUACUUGUGUUAGAUGAUUUAUGGAAUGAAAACCGGUCUAAAUGGUUGGAACUUGAAGAAUUUCUUAUGAAUGGUGCAAAAGGCAGUAAAAUAUUAGUGACCACUCGCCAUCUUAAAGUGGUCAAAACUAUGACACCACCAAAAUGUCAUGAGUUGAAGGGCUUACCUGAGGAUCAGUCGCUCGCUUUGCUAAUGCGAAUGGCAGGGAAGCAAGAAUACGAGUGGAAAUCUCAGAAUUUAGAAGAGAUCGCAAAAGAAAUUCUGAAGAAGUGUGUUGGAGUUCCCCUUGCCAUCAAGACGAUUGGGCGAUUGUUGGUAUUUUUGAGAAAUAAGGAGGAAUGGUUGAACUUCAAGAAUAAUGAGUUAUCGAGAAUAGAUCAUGAGGAAGGUGAUAUCAUGCCAUCGCUAAAGCUAAGCUAUGAUUUUCUGCCUUCACAUUUGAAGCAGUGCUUUGCUUACUGCUGCUUGUUUCCAAAAGAUUACGAGCUAGACACAUCUGAGCUCAUUCAUCUUUGGAUGGCACAGGGAUUUAUCAAACCCCUGGGCAAUAGGAAGACCCAGCUCGAAGAAGUCGGCCAUGAUUAUUUUAUGGAGCUGCUUUCGAGAUCCUUUUUCCAGGACAUAGUAGAAGAUCGUUAUGGCAACAUUGUGAGAUGCAAAAUGCAUGAUUUGAUGCAUGACCUCGCGCAGUCGGUUGCGGGAGAUAAUUGCAUCACCAUUGACAGCUCCCAUGAGAAAAGUAUCCCACCAGGAGCUCGCCAUGUAUCCACCGACGAUCCGUUGGUGUUGAAAAGCCGAUUUGAGGGAGGCAAAAGAUUAAGGUCCCUGCUUUUCACCAAAACGUUUGGCAAUUUUCGAGAGCUUAUUCAUUUGGAUGUCUCAUGUUUCAGAAAUCUACGGGCGCUACGUAUUCGUAAUGCACGCAUAAAUGUGAUAUCUGGUUCAAUCGGUAAACUGAAGCAUAUGAGGAGCCUCGAUCUAUCAUGGAAUCCUUUUCAGUAUCUUCCGAACUCUAUAAGCGGGUUGUGCAAUCUAGAGACGCUUAAUCUUAGAGGUUGUCCGCAUCUACAGAGAUUACCCAGAGGCCUCACGAAGUUGGUUAAUCUGAGGCAGCUUGAUGUGAGUGAAUGUGAUAAGUUAACACAUUUGCCAAGGGGGAUUGGGAAGUUGACUAAUCUGCAAAUGCUAGGUGAAUUUAAGGUGGGGAAGGAUUCGAUUCGAGAUGCUGCAGGGUUGAAUGAGUUGAGCAAACUUACUGGAUUGAGGAAAGAAUUAACUAUCCAAUGCUUGGAAAGAAGUGUUCCGAGCGGGUUGGAAGCUUCCUUCUCAAUUGAGAAGUUAGCUCUCCAAUCAUUGAAGCUAGACUUGUACCCUUCACAAGCUAUGGAGGCUGAUGCAGAAGUUUUAGAAAGACUUCGGCCCCAUCCAGAUCUAAAGAAAUUGUCAAUCAAAGGAUACGGUGGUGUCCAGCCUUCAUCCUGGAUUUCUCAACUUCAUAAACUAGUCGAAAUUAAGUUUAGGUGGUGUUAUCAGUGCGUGCGUCUACCACCUCUAGACCAGCUGCCUUCACUCAAAAGAGUCUCCUUAAUUGGUUUGAUAAAUCUGCAGUGGAUAGAAUUGUCGGAGAGUGAGAGUGGGACGCCGCAGUCUAUUUCCUUUCCAUCCUUAGAAGAAAUAAGGCUGGAAGAUUUGCUUAUAUUUAGGGGAUGGGAGAGGAGGAGAAGGAGCAGGAGCAGCAGUAGAAUUGAACAAGAGGAAGAAGCUAUUCAGGAGGAGGUGGAGGUGGAUGAUGAUUCUUUAUUGAUGCUCCCCUUCUUCUCUGACAAUGUCGAGGUCGCCACAGUUAGAUGCCCAACAUUCUCAUACAUGCAUGGUCAAGGGCUGCAUCUGAAGAAAAACUCAACCAGAAUUAUAAAGGAGCUUGUGAGGAAUGUAACUAUUCGCCAUACUCCAGCAUCGUCGUCGUCGAGGAUGAUGGCGACGUUGAUCUCCCCAUCUUCUAUAUCUCUCCUCGCACCGACCAGCCUCACCAUUUCUGAAGUGGAGGACUUAGAGCACUUACCGGUGGUGUUGCUUCAGUCCCUCCCGUCUAUCCAGUCUCUUGCAAUCAAAGAUUGCCCUCGCCUGAAAGCUCUCCCUGUGUGGGCGAUCCUCCGAUACCUAACUGCCCUCAAGUCGUUGAAGAUAUCCCGCUGUCCAGAACUUGACUUAUCAACGGGGGAAUCAGGAUAUCAAGAAGACAUGCCUGAAGGACCAGCUUAUAAACUCCAAGAGUUGAAAUUCGGGUGGAUUUCUCAACGUCAUAAACUAGUCGAAAUUGAGUUUCGUGUUUGUCAUAACUGCAUGCGUCUACCACCUCUAGACCAGCUGCCUUCACUCAAAAGAAUCCACUUAUUUCGUUUGAGGAAUUUGCGCUGCAUAGAAUUGUCGGAGAGUGAGAGUGGGACGCCGCAGUCUAAUUCCUUUCCAUCCUUAGAAGAAAUAAGGCUGGAAGAUUUGCCAAAAUUUAGGGGAUGGGAGAGGAGGAGGAGCAGGAGCAGGAGCAGCAGUAGAAUUGAACAAGAGGAAGAAGCUAUUCAGGAGGAGGUGGAGGAGGAUGAUGAUUCUUUAUUGAUGCUCCCCAUGUUCUCUGACAAGGUCAAGGUCACCACAUCUGGAUGCCCAACAUUCUCGUACAUGCAUGGUCAAGAGCUGCAUCUGAAGAAAACCUCAACCAGAAUUAUAAAGGAGCUUGUGAGGAAUGUAACUACACGCCAUGCUUCAGCAUCAUCAUCAUCAUCGUCGACGUCAUCGUCGUCGAGGAUGAUGGCGACGUUGAUCUCCAUAUCUUCUAUAUCUCUCCUCGCACUGACCGGCCUCACCAUUUCUGAAGUGGAGGACUUAGAGCACUUACCGGUGGAGUUGCUUCAGUCCCUCCCGUCUCUCCAAUCUCUCGAAAUCUGGGGUUGCUCUCGCCUGAAAGCUCCCCCUGUGUGGGCGAUCCUCCGAUACCUAACUGCCCUCAAGUCGUUGACGAUAUCCCUCUGUCCAGAACUUGAAUUAUCAACGGGGGAGUCAGGAUAUCAAGAAGACAUGCCUGAAGGACCAGCUUAUAAACUCCGAGAGUUGAAAUUCGGGUGGAAUAGAGAAGUGGAGACUCUCCCAUGGUGGAUUCAGCACCUCACCAACCUGGAAAGCUUAGGAAUCGGAUGCCGGGAUCUGAAGGCUUUUCCUGAGUGGUUUCCACAGCUUACCUCACUCAAACGUCUUGAGAUUUCUGAUUGCGGGGAAGAGCUGAGAAGAAGGUGCAGAAGGAACAUCGGAGAGGACUGGCCUAAGAUUUCUCACAUCCCGAAAAUAUAUGUGGGCUCGGACUGGAACUGGGCCUUGGGCUCUCCUCAAGAGGAGAUAUGGGGGGGCUUUUCCUCUGCUUCUACUUCCGGUGUUUGGCUAGAAGGCUCUUUUACUGCUGAGUGAUCUGACUGUUGCGGUUCAGUACUUUUGUCAAGAGGGGGAAGUUUAAACGUCUCAUUUAAUAACUUCGAUCAAUGAAGCUUGUUCUUAUUCCACUCCGCUCCAGGGCGUAUGUUACUUUCUGUAAGCUGUCGAGAUCAUUUUAUCUGAAGCUCACAGAUCCAUCUUCUGAAGUCAAUUUUCUGGAAGAGGGACUGAGAAUUACUGAUUUUGUAGUACCAACUUCCGAACUUCAGCAUAUGUGAAGAGGUUGGAUAAAUUUUAUCUUAAAGAUGAGCAUUCCCAUUCUAGAUGGAAAGGCUCUGUCACUCGUUAGGUGGCCGGGUGCAUGGAGAGAUGUUCUCAGGGACAAAUAAUGUAACCUCCCAAGCCACAUUCUUUCCAUGCUUUCUGCACUUUAUUUCGCUGGCACUCAUUGUUCCUCGUCAAUGCCAGCCAGUUUGAAGGCAAGUCACUAGCGCGCCCAUCCCAUCAAUUGUGUCCUAACUAUUGGAAUAUAUUAAUGGACGCUCAAUCAGAAUUUGAAAGACAUGAUUGACACUGCAUGGAGCCUGCGUUACGGGAUCGUUCGUAGAAGCUUGAACAUGUCAGUAAGUGGGAGAUUGAUUCGGUGGCAAGUUCCCCGAGAUUAACCUCUUACAUUUCGGAUGUUUUAGAGAGAAGUUGUUUGGUGGGCGCGAUUUGGGAUUUUUUUGGAGUUUUCUCCUUAACUUCUUCUUUUCGGGUUCACACAAAAUUUAGCCUUUGCAAUGUCGCCCACCAACUCGUUAUCUUGUUGAUUCAGCGUCUUUUGGAACCUUAGAGAACCUGCUGUCUUGAUCUCUGUGAUUUUUAUUGAAGCUCCACCUAAGGCAACCCAGCGAGCCAAAGAAACUGGCUGCCUGUCUCAUCCCAAGCUCCGUCAUCCGACAGGCUGGUAUACCUUAAAGAUCUCUAGGUUGUUAUAGAUGAGGACAAUUCAAGUUUGUCAUAAGUUAUAGAGUUCUCCCAUGAAAAGAAUAUGUACGGUGGAAAAGAUUGAUCUAAAUUUGUUUUGUAUAGAGAUAAAUAUAAUGGCAUGGCCUCAUGGAAAUGGCCUUGCCCACAAACUACUCAUACACGAUUCUACUUCGAUACUUCUACCUCAUUUCCCCGUCCUCGUCAGAUGUCGACAUUAAUUUCUUUAUCCAUGCAAGUGGAGUAUUCUUCACAA